AGGCUGACCAGUACGCGGAUUUCCCGAGAGCGCAGGAGCGUCAGGAAACCGAAGCAGGAUCCAGGGCUGAAGGUCGAGCGACGUCAUCGAAAAGCAGAGGCGGGGGUUGCCUGCUGCUGCGGCUGAUGGUUAGAAAGAUGCCGCUCCUCGAUGGUUUCCCGUCAACGACAGGCGAGCUUUUCACGACCGUCAACGACGGCAUCCGACGGUUCGGCGCCGACCCCAUCGCUGCCCUCAAAAGCUUCAACCUGAAGACCGUUGGUCUGGUGGGGGCUGGCAUUCUGGUGGCGGUGCUGGUCAUAGACCUGCUGGGGUACUUGUACGCGGUCUACAAAGGUACUGCGAAGAAGUACAUUCCCUACAGCCGAAGUCUUGCGCUCACGGCGGCCGAAGCUUGGGAGGAUAGAAGUUCCAACUUCAUCGGCGAGUUUUACGACCCUUACGCCCGGGGAAGGUCCGUGGACUCCCUCACGAAUGUGCUCGACUCCCUCGCCUCCGCCGCCCGCCGCUGGGGGGAAGAUUCUGAACCCACCGCAUCCUCACAGGACUUCCCCGCCUCUNUAGACGUUUCGAUUUUCGAUGUUUUCCAUGGCCCACAGGGGCUGCGA